AUGGAGCCAGCCAGGGACUCCAUCCCUUACACUAAGAGUUAUCCUGGCAGGAGGAGGGGAGGCAGUAAGGGGAGUGUCAUAGGGAAACCAGAGUAAGACCAUGAGUGUAAUGUAUACCCAGCUCAACAGGCAGAGACACUGCGGGAGGAGAGACAGACUGUGAAACAGACACAGGGCAAAGAAAGUGACAGUCCCAUGUCCAGAGUCAGCCAGUAGACGAGUAUUGGAGAGACAGCCAGUAGAGGGUUAGCUAAAGAGACAGCCCCUGGAGCAGUUAUUGGAGAGACAGCCCCUGGAACAGUAUUUGGAGAGACAGCCAGUGGAGCAGUUAUUGGAGAGGCAGCCAGUGGAGCAGUAUUUGGAGAGACAGUCAGUGGAGCAGUAUUUGGAGAGACAGCCAGUGGAGCAGUAUUUGGAGAGACAGCCAGUGGAGCAGUAUUUGGAGAGACAGCCAGUGGAGCAGUAUUUGGAGAGACAGCCAGUGGAGCAGUAUUUGGAGAGACAGUCAGUGGAGCAGUAUUUGGAGAGACAGCCAGUGGAGCAGUAUUUGGAGAGACAGUGGAGCAGUAUUUGGAGAGACAGCCAGUGGAGCAGUAUUUGGAGAGACAGUCAGUGGAGCAGUAUUUGGAGAGACAGCCAGUGGAGCAGUAUUUGGAGAGACAGUCAGUGGAGCAGUAUUUGGAGACACCAGUGUGCAGUGUGAGGCAGAGCUGA